CACGGAGGGGAAAACACACAAGGAGACUUGGCUGAUGCAUCUCUGCUAGAGCAUCCAUUUCACGGCUAUUACAGUUUGAAGCGGAGGAGACGGUGCGCAUUUCUCAGAGACACACGGUGCUUUUCUCUCUUUGGAAGCCAGUUUCCUAGAGCAGCUGCCGAGCGGACAGACACUUUUUCCCCCCUCUUGCAUUUAUACAACAGACUGCAUUUCAUAACACAGCCUGUUUAAUUGGGGCACAAUCGGGUCGACCUGCAAUUACCCCACCGCAUCUUGUGGAGUGGAAUUUGCGGUCCUCAGCUCAAGACGCAAAGGAAUACCCGACGGUUCAAGUUUUCGUGGAAGUUGCGCAUAGACAGAAAAAAUGGGAAUUUGUGGCUAUUUGGCCGUGCCUGGGAAAUGCCUUGUUGUCCUCGGACUAAAAUUGUUAUUCCUUGUACCUGCAGGAGUUCCGGCCAGAAGCGGGGAUUCUUUAUUAAAGGACAACAUCACCGUCAGACAAGGGGACAGCGCCGUCUUGAAGUGCAAUGUGGACAGCAAGGUGUCACGAGUGGCAUGGCUCAACCGCACCACCAUCCUAUUUGCAGGAAGUGAGAAAUGGUCUCUGGAUCCCCGUGUGGUCCUAAUGGAAAACACAGCAGUGACAGAGUACAGCAUUAAGAUCCAGAAUGUCGAUGUCCAUGAUGAAGGACCCUAUGUCUGCUCCAUCCUCACAAACAAGAAACCAAAAUCCACAAAAGUACAUCUCAUCGUUCAAGUACCUGCGAGGAUCACCAACAUAUCGAAGGACAUCACGGUGAACGAGGGCAGCAACGUCAAUCUCAUGUGCCUGGCCAUCGGCCGACCCGAGGCCAACAUCAUUUGGAAGCACCACUCACCAAGAGGCACCCAUAAAUUUAUCACCGAGGGGGAAUACCUCGAGCUGGCAGCCAUCACCAAAGAGCAGUCAGGAUCGUAUGAAUGCAUUGCUUCUAAUGACAUCUCAGCCCCUGAUGUCAGGACAGUGCAAGUCACCGUCAACUAUCCUCCCUUCAUUUCCAAGGCAAGAGGUACGGGCACUGCGGUCGGACAAAAAGGCGUUCUGCAAUGCGAAGCCUCUGCUGUACCGAGAGCAGACUUUGAGUGGUACAAAGAAGACCGCAGGCUCUUCAACGGACUAAACGGGGUUAAGAUAGAGAAUCAAGGCAAACAGUCCAUGCUCAUCUUUUUCAACGUCUCUGAAGAAGACUAUGGAAACUACACCUGCGUGGCCAUGAACACUAUGGGAAUCACCAAUGCCAGCAUAAUCCUCUAUGGUCCUGGUGCGAUGCAUGAUGUCAACCGGGCAGCUGUGUUGCCCUGUUGCUCCGUAUGCCUCCUGCUGACUGUAACCCUAUUGUACCUGCUCAAGUACUGAUGUGAAAUAUGACAACCCUCAAGCUUCUGUCAGCGUUGAACAGCAACCACAGACUAUUAGUCCUAUAAGACGAAUGGAAAUCCAAGAAUGCCGGUGGUUCACACUUUUUUUUUUUCUUUCUGGCUUUGCGUCGGGGUGUGUACUCCGUUGGCCCGACAAGAGAUGACAGGUGUCAAUGUGGGGCAGGGAAAAAUUUGAAUCAUGCACUAAUUGAUGAUGGUAGAACUACUGAGUUUGUGUCUCCCCAACCUUUUUGUAUGUGAAAAGGGAAAAACAAAACGUUAAUGUAAUCGUUGAUAGUUGACUGUUUAUUGCCCAAUAUUGAAGUGUAUAUUCAGAUUACUAUUGUGUCACGUCCUGUUUGAUCUCUGUACAAUACCAUAAGCUUUUUUUAAGUAAACAACAAAAAAGGAAAAAAUGCAAUGUGAUUGUUGAAUUUUACUGUAUUUUUACAGUUGUAUGCAACAGAAUAACAGAUCAUUCAUUAUAAACAAUGCAGAGUUCUGAAAAAUACAGUACACCAUGAUUUCUCAGGCAAAGUCCUACAGCAUAGUGCAUCCAAAAUUUUUAUUUCCAUCAUUGUGUGUGUAGACAAAUGUACAAAUGUGUACAGAGAAUUCCAGCGCUGUCGUUUUCAAAAUGAGUAAACUUUACUUAAAUGACACAUUUGUAACACCUGCCUUUGGAUUCAUAGCAGCUUCACAGCACAUUCAAAAGUAAUGAUGCAAUCCAUUUUGUCAAAUUUCUUUAAGCGUUCACAUAACACGUCGUUAAUGACAGAGGAGUUGAGCAGUGGGCCAGUUUCCUUCACAGGAAUGUUAAAUUAAGUGUGAAGUACCUGUACCUGUAAUAAUGUCUUUAAAAGGUGGUCUAAUUAGCACUAGACUACAUGUUCUCAUUAGCUAUUGAUGGUAAUUAGAGAAAGUGUAAUUCAAAAUUUACCAUAACUUCCUCAUGCUAUUAUUUCGUAGGGUCAGUAAAAAAAAAAAAAAAAAA